AGAGUGUUUGACAGGAAGAGAGAGUGGGAGAGAGAGAGAGAGAGAGAGAGAGAGAGAGAGAGUGUGUGUGUGUGUCUGUGUGUAAAAGCGAAACGGAGAAAGAUAUUGGCAACAACCUAUCAUGAAAGCAUGCCAUUUUGGUGAUAUCCGCAACAACAGCUUUGUCCUGAUGCUAUUUGUCGCUUUCGCUCGACAUGGCCUUCAAGGCGUUCGAUCAUUUUCUUUUCUUGCCCAUCGCCAGCAGAGUGGAAUCGUGCAACGAAUGCGGAAUUCCGGGAGAUCCCUUUCUUUUCCGAACGUCUCUUCUUUGAGAAAGACCCAAAGUUUUCAGCCGGUCUCUGCAUCUGCAGGGCAUGGUUCCACGACCCGACUCUACUACACCCCCACCGCGUGGCCCGAAAAUCUAUACCGCGAAUGGACGCUGGAGCAAGACGAGCUGCUGUGGUCCUAUAUGCAACGAGCAACGAAAAAGGAACCGAUAGAAGCGAGCGAGCUGGCGGUCGUUCUCGGAAGGGGAGUCCGUGGGGUCGAGCGCCGCAUCGAAAAACUGCGGGACGUCGAUUCUCCUGCCUACCAGCGUCUCUUUGUGAAAAAGUCGACCUCCACCGCGGAAAACCAAAAUGCCGGUGCGAAAACCGCCGAAAACUCCUCCCCCAAACGAACCCAAAAGCUGGUCCCGUCCUCCGAGGUCCUGAGGCGGAUCGAAUGGGAUUAUCAACUCGACGCCAACGACUUCUUCGUGUUGCACUACGAUCGUGUCGACAACACGGUGGUGACGUCCCCCCUCACGGCCCCAAACGAGGGCAUCAAUUCGGCGGAGACGUCUCUCGUCAAGGCGCUUCCGGAACACCGCAUCGUCGCCAUCGCCUACAAAGAUCGGGUGGUCUGGGAUCGUCGCUAUAACCGAAAGCACGACGUCUUUUUCGGACCCCCCGGUAUUGUUCAAAUCGUAGAAAGUUACGGGGAAUGGAAGGAAUUCCGGGACAAGCAACUGGAAGAGCAGGCUGCCCUCCGACGAGCCUGGAAGACACGCUGGGUGGAUCUUCUGGGAUCCGAGCUCCAAAGGAACGAGCUGCUGCGCCGGACCGAGGACAUUCUUGGCGGAACGAAUGCCGUCACAGGAAGCAAUGCCGACGUUUGGAAGAACCACGGGUUUUUUUCUUUUGAGAACAAAGACAGCGAGUCCGAGACGAUAACCUUGUCAAAGGAGCAGCAGCAACGAGUGGAUUCCUAUGUGCACGGCGUCUAUGAAUUGUUUCGACAACGGGCAGAGGAAGAAACAGGCAGAGAUGAGGAGAACUCCAACGUGGGCACCACCGAUGGGAAAAGCACUGGGGUCGGGAUGAUGGUUUCUCUCUUUGACGAAUUGUCGGAGUGGAUUGCCUCCUCGUGUUGGUCUUCUCUCGGGGAGGAUUCCGGUGAUACCGGGCCGAGGAAUGAGGCAAGUCUUUUCCGCGAGAUGGUCCUGAGGAAAACCGCCGCAACCAUGGACAAGCUGGAGGGAAAGGCGACCAAAACAUCCGUUCGCAACAACAGCAGCAGCAGCAACCGAUUGUCCGCAAAGGAAAAGGCAAAAAAGCAGGAUCGGCGCAACCAGAACCCGAGGCUCCUGCUCCGGGAGGAGGACCUCGAGGAAAGCUUUGUGCGGGGGUCCGGCGCCGGUGGCCAAAAGAUCAACAAGACGAGCAACCGCGUGUUGCUGGUCCACCUCCCGACGGGGAUCAGGGUCGAGUGCCAGGAGACGAGGUCCCUGUCCCAGAACCGGAAGAUCGGCCGGAAGCGGCUCCUCGAGAAGCUCGAUGUGCAGUUCUUUCCAAGGCGGAGCGGAAGCAGCAGAAGCUGCGGCAAAAAAAGCGAAAAUCGAGGUCCAGGAACAAGUCACGGCUCGCCGCUAAACAGGAACGAAAGAAGCAGGCCCGGAAGCAAGAGCUGGAGGACGGCGGCGACGACCUGGAUUGGUAGCGGCAUCGACGCAAACCACCCGGAGCACUCGAUGGAGCACUCGAUGGAGCAUUCGAUGCCGCACCGCGUGCACGGUAGUGGGAAGCUUUCCGAGAAAGGAGACCCGAAGCUAUGCCAUCCAGAGGAGGCCCCAUGCGUGGAGUCAGAAAGAAUCGAAUCGAAUCGAAUCGAUCUCGUUUUGCCCCAUUCUAUUGUAUUCUAUUCUGUUCUAUUAGAUCAAGUUAAGUUAAGUUAAGUGAUUUGAAGUGACACGAAACGAAACG